CUUUGCUGAAGCUCACCUGGAAGACCCAACACCGUUGAGGAUAUCUGGAUGUUAACUUGCUAGUACUGGCAUCAUUACAAUGCCAUUUAAAGAAAUGUUAAUGUGAAUUUGAACUUCUCAUAUUGCAGUUAUUACGCAAUUAUAGGAUAACUGUCACAUGACUAUCAGACAAGUAUAAAGUUUCGAUUGUUUGACACUAAAGUCCAUGAACGCGUGAACUAAGAAUUUAGAUGUUCAAACGGACCAACUGGUUUGGAAUAUGGUUAAAUUAGUUGUAGUUUAUAUAAUCCUGGCAUCUGCAGUUCAUGCGCGAUUACUUCGAAAGAGGCGAUCUCUCUGUCUGCAAGUUUGUUAUGCUUCACGGUGCCCGGCCCCGCCAGAGCCAUGCUAUUACGGUUUAGUAAAGGACGACUGUGGAUGCUGCUCGGUGUGUGCAUCCGGGGAGGGUGACCUUUGCGGAGAGCACGGGAAUAGCCUUUGUGGCGAGGGGUUGAGGUGUGAUUAUGAAGAAGGAAACCGCAAAAUCCGCGGUCUGUGCGUUUGCCUCAAUUCAGAACCUGUAUGCGGGAGUGAUGGAAGAACUUAUCCAAGUAGUUGCCGUUUGAGAGCCGAAAAUAGGAGAGCAAAGCUCAAUGGAACUCCCCAGGUCAUCUUGAUCCAAAAAGGCCACUGUCAUUCAGGUUUCAGGAACCCUGACAGUAUGCGUUACAAAUUUAACUUCAUCGCUGAUGUGGUGGAUAAGAUAGCUCCAGCGGUAGUUCAUCUAGAGCUGUUCAGAAGACUGCCAUUCUCCAACCAGGAAGUCCCCGUCUCAAGUGGUUCAGGGUUCAUCGUAUCAGAAGAUGGAUGGAUCGUCACCAACGCUCACGUCCUCUCUAACAAGCAGCGAAUUAAAGUGGAGCUGAAGAGUGGGGUGCAGUUAGACGCCACAAUCAAGGACGUGGACCCGAAACUGGACAUCGCCCUCAUUAAAAUAGAGUCUGAUACACCUCUACCAGUGCUCCUGUUAGGAAGUUCAUCUGACCUGCGACCAGGAGAGUUUGUGGUGGCAGUGGGCAGUCCCUUCUCCCUUCAAAACACAGUCACCACUGGUAUCAUAAGCACCACUCAACGCAACGGUCACGAGUUAGGCCUCAAGGAUUCAGACAUGGAGUACAUCCAAACCGAUGCAAUCAUCAAUUACGGAAACUCAGGGGGACCACUUGUUAACUUGGAUGGGAAUGUUAUUGGCAUAAAUACUUUGAAGGUUACAGCUGGAAUAUCCUUUGCCAUACCAGCGGACAAAAUACGCCAGUUCCUUUCAGAAUCUUACACCAGACAAAUAAAAGGAAAGACAUUUCCCAGAAAGAAAUACAUGGGGGUUCGAAUGCUGCAACUCUCGGCUGCUUUGAUUCGUGAUAUGAAAAAGCGGGAAAGUGAUUUCCCAGACGUGAUUUCAGGAGUGUACGUUUAUGAAGUGAUCCCUGGAACCGCUGCCUCCAGCGCCGGCAUGCUCAACAACGAUGUAAUCAUGAGCAUCAACGACCAGUCGGUUCACACUACAGAGGACGUGAGCAAGGCAGUUCAGGCAGAACAGCCACUUUCUGUCGUGGUGCGGCGUGCUAAUGAAGACGUCACACUAACUGUUGUCCCUGAAGAUAUUGAUUAAGUGGCAUUUCCCCUGCGCGGCUUUCCAGUGAAUUAUUUUUCACCCGCACAAACACCAUGUGUUUUCACCCUGCACAAACAUUUUAUUCACAUUACACAAGUGAACAUAUAUUUUCUGAACACAUAUCCUUUUACAAACAGAAAGUCUCUUAAGUGAUAUUAAUUCAUGAGAAUAUGUUCAGUGCCUAAAUCUGUUUGAAUUAGGUCUAUGAAUACUUUUUGCCCUUUCAAGCUAGACCAGGUGAGCUGUAGUCUGAAAAUAAAAGUUAUGCUUUUGACUGAAAUGAAAAUCUUUACUCAAGUAAAUAUGUGAAAUAUGGAAAACAAAUAGCUUAACAGCUCACUGCAUGUUGGAAUGAAAAAACAUUUAAUAUGAAUGGGGUAUUCAAUGUGUACAAGAAUUCAGAAAGCUGUAAACAGUAUUUUAACCUCACUGUAUGCAUGUUUCACAUUACAAUCACAGAAAUACAUCUGAAUUUGUGAAAGAGCAGAGUGACCUGACUGUAUAAAUAAUUUUUGGUUAAUGCAAUAUUAUAAUGUGAAGAAUUUGUAAUUAAAAGCAAAGGUGAGACAAGCAGCAAAUACAUUAACAUAUGUACAACUUUAACAGGUAUAUACAGAUAUUAUUUACAAUUUGGCUUAUGUACACAUCUGAACCAUAAUGACAGUGUUUCAAACACAAUUGUAUUCCAAUUACCAAGAUUAGCCUACGAGUUACCUCAACCAGGAGCACAUGCACAUACUUGUCUCCAGGUCAAAGUUGUAUGAAUGUGUUUACCACUUAACACAUUCCUCAUGUAAUUUUUUAGUAUCCUUUUUAUAUGUCUGGCACAUUCUGUAAAAGGGAGGGUACAGCAACGUACCAUUACAAAAAGGUACAGAACGUUCGCCUUAUAACCACCGCAGUG